UACACUGAGACCCGCUUGGUGUGGUCAGGCCUUGCGCUUAGCGUUGGCGAGCCUUGCUUGACAAGCAAGAAUAUGGUUCAGCAACUGUCCGCCAAAAGAGGCCUUCCGUAGGCACUAUGAAUGCACAACGGCAACACUGCAGGCUGGCAUUGAUGUCUUAUGCCGACGCGCAGCUCGCGCAGGCCGUUAUGCAUGGUACGCUCCGACUUCUUGUCGGCAGGUGGCUUCUUUGCAGACUGGGAUUGAGUUGCGCCCUUCCGCUCCAGCUCAAGAGGCAUUACGAGUUUGGUGAUGUUGGUCGCUGACCAUUGAACUGUGGGGAAUUGCUGACCAAUGCAGACCGUUUCAGCGGGUCCCGCAGAAAUGGGUGGGGCGACGCUCGGAGUACAACUCUUGCAGCCUCGCCGAGACGCUGGAUUGAGUCCAAAUGUUUGUUGCAUUGCUCACAUUGAUCGAACAGCUCUCACGGCAACUUGGGCGCCGGACACAACGUUGGCCCAAGUGUCCUUGCCCACUUGGCACUUUCGGCCUUCAUCUUAGUCACCAGCUCGGGCAAGUGUGGGAGCCUUCAUUCCUGUGACAAGCCCACCACUGCAAAGGUAAAACGUCCCAGCGGUCAUUGGGCUGGGCGUUACUCGGAUUCAGCGUUGCUGGUGCGGCGGCCAUCCAAUUCCAAGGUCCGGGGCAGACGUCACUCAGGGCCUCUUCAAGAGUUGUUCUUGGGAUUGGGAUUUCUUCAUUUGAGAUUUGAGGGCUGUGUUUUGUUUGGCGUGUUCCAGCACAUCUGUGCUUUUCGUAAUGCGAUGUAUGGACUUGGGCAAGGACUCGGUCAUUUCCAGAAGCGAGCAAAUCCUGACUUCAGAUAUGCAAUAAAUAUAUCGUGCGCCUGACGGCGCGCCAGCCUUUCCACCCUUGAAUCUUGCAGAUUUGGCUAGACCUUUCGGACACCCUUAUUUUGCGGAGAAAUGAUAAAUGCUUGGAACGCGAGAUGGAGGCAUCAUAAAAUGUUUAUGAGGGCUGGCUUUCUUUGGCUGUGCUUUGCACAGCGCUUUGUUGGAGAUGGAGCAGAUCUGCCAUGCUGCUAGCUAGUCGGUUGGGCAACGCGCAGGUCAAGCGGUUGCAUUGAAGCUUUCCAAGCUGAUGGGUUCUGUCGGUGUGGCCUUUUAAUAUGCUCAUAUUGAGACUUGUUUAUUGACCUUCUCAGCAGCGCUCGCCAGGGCUGGGAGCCUCAUUUCCAGAACUAGGACCAAGUCCAAAAACAAGGUCGAGUGGAGCCCAACUUGCAAGAAUUGAAAGCAAUCAGCAGACUUAUGGCCUUUUCCAAGACUCCAAUGGCCUUUCCAAAACAAUCAGCAUAAUUAUGGCCUCUUCAAAGACUCCAAAACAAUCAGCAGACUCAGUGUCCAGAAUGAAAACUGGUCUUGUCAGGAGUCAUUCUCAGAGGGUGUGAGCACUUACACCAACUAGGCGUUUUUACGCAACCUGUGCGCCAGACUGGAUUGUCCACUGGCCUUGGGAAUCCACCAUCCUCUUGUGUGUGUGUGUAGGUUCUUUCAUGCGGCCAGGUGUUGGCAAGCGGACCUCAUUGCGGUGUUGAAGGCCCCUUCCACCAUGGUUGUCCCUUCCAAAACAGCAGGCAAUGUUCGUGCAUGCCCUCACCCGCACCAAGAGCAACGGUGCUCAAUGACCUUAUUAAAUUCGCACGGCUUCCCUGCAGGUGGCUUCUUUGCAGACUGGGAUUGAGUUGCGCCCUUCCGCUCCAGCUCAAGAGGCAUUACGAGUUUGGUGAUGUUGGUCGCUGACCAUUGAACUGUGGGGAAUUGCUGACCAAUGCAGACCGUUUCAGCGGGUCCCGCAGAAAUGGGUGGGGCGACGCUCGGAGUACAACUCUUGCAGCCUCGCCGAGACGCUGGAUUGAGUCCAAAUGUUUGUUGCAUUGCUCACAUUGAUCGAACAGCUCUCACGGCAACUUGGGCGCCGGACACAACGUUGGCCCAAGUGUCCUUGCCCACUUGGCACUUUCGGCCUUCAUCUUAGUCACCAGCUCGGGCAAGUGUGGGAGCCUUCAUUCCUGUGACAAGCCCACCACUGCAAAGGUAAAACGUCCCAGCGGUCAUUGGGCUGGGCGUUACUCGGAUUCAGCGUUGCUGGUGCGGGGGCCAUCCAAUUCCAAGGUCCGGGGCAGACAUCACUCAGGGCCUCUUCAAGAGUUGUUCUUGGGAUUGGGAUUUCUUCAUUUGAGAUUUGAGGGCUGUGUUUUGUUUGGGGUGUUCCAGCACAUCUGUGCUUUUCGUAAUGCGAUGUAUGGACUUGGGCAAGGACUCGGUCAUUUCCAGAAGCGAGCAAAUCCUGACUUCAGAUAUGCAAUAAAUAUAUCGUGCGCCUGACGGCGCGCCAGCCUUUCCACCCUUGAAUCUUGCAGAUUUGGCUAGACCUUUCGGACACCCUUAUUUUGCGGAGAAAUGAUAAAUGCUUGGAACGCGAGAUGGAGGCAUCAUAAAAUGUUUAUGAGGGCUGGCUUUCUUUGGCUGUGCUUUGCACAGCGUUUUGUUGGAGAUGGAGCAGAUCUGCCAUGCUGCUAGCUAGUCGGUUGGGCAACGCGCAGGUCAAGCGGUUGCAUUGAAGCUUUCCAAGCUGAUGGGUUCUGUCGGUGUGGCCUUUUAAUAUGCUCAUAUUGAGACUUGUUUAUUGACCUUCUCAGCAGCGCUCGCCAGGGCUGGGAGCCUCAUUUCCAGAACUAGGACCAAGUCCAAAAACAAGGUCGAGUGGAGCCCAACUUGCAAGAAUUGAAAGCAAUCAGCAGACUUAUGGCCUUUUCCAAGACUCCAAUGGCCUUUCCAAAACAAUCAGCAGACUUAUGGCCUUUUCAAAGUCUUGAAAACAAUCAGCACAAUUAUGGCAUUCCUCUUCAAAGACUCCAAAACAAUCAGCAGACUCAGUGUCCAGAAUGAAACCUGGUCUUGUCAGGAGUCAUUCUCAGAGGGUGUGAGCACUUACACCAACUAGGCGUUUUUACGCAACCUGUGCGCCAGACUGGAUUGUCCACUGGCCUUGGGAAUCCACCAUCCUCUUGUGUGUGUGUGUGUAGGUUCUUUCAUGCGGCCAGGUGUUGGCAAGCGGACCUCAUUGCGGUGUUGAAGGCCCCUUCCACCAUGGUUGUCCCUUCCAAAACAGCAGGCAAUGUUCGUGCAUGCCCUCACCCGCACCAAGAGCAACGGUGCUCAAUGACCUUAUUAAAUUCGCACGGCUUCCCUGCAGGUGGCUUCUUUGCAGACUGGGAUUGAGUUGCGCCCUUCCGCUCCAGCUCAAGAGGCAUUACGAGUUUGGUGAUGUUGGUCGCUGACCAUUGAACUGUGGGGAAUUGCUGACCAAUGCAGACCGUUUCAGCGGGUCCCGCAGAAAUGGGUGGGGCGACGCUCGGAGUACAACUCUUGCAGCCUCGCCGAGACGCUGGAUUGAGUCCAAAUGUUUGUUGCAUUGCUCACAUUGAUCGAACAGCUCUCACGGCAACUUGGGCGCCGGACACAACGUUGGCCCAAGUGUCCUUGCCCACUUGGCACUUUCGGCCUUCAUCUUAGUCACCAGCUCGGGCAAGUGUGGGAGCCUUCAUUCCUGUGACAAGCCCACCACUGCAAAGGUAAAACGUCCCAGCGGUCAUUGGGCUGUGCGUUACUCGGAUUCAGCGUUGCUGGUGCGGGGGCCAUCCGAUUCCAAGGUUCGGGGCAGACAUCACUCAGGGCCUCUUCAAGAGUUGUUCUUGGGAUUGGGAUUUCUUCAUUUGAGAUUUGAGGGCUGUGUUUUGUUUGGGGUGUUUCAGCACAUCUGUGCUUUUCGUAAUGCGAUGUAUGGACUUGGGCAAGGACUCGGUCAUUUCCGGAAGCGAACAAAUCCUGACUUCAGAUAUGAUAUGCAAUACAUUUAUCGUGCGCCUGACGGCGCGCCAGCCUUUCCACCCUUGAAUCUUGCAGAUUUGGCUAGACCUUUCGGACACCCUUAUUUUGCGGAGAAAUGAUAAAUGCUUGGAACGCGAGAUGGAGGCAUCAUAAAUGUUUAUGAGGGCUGGCUUUCUUUGGCUGUGCUUUGCACAGCGCUUUGUUGGAGAUGGAGCAGAUCUGCCAUGCUGCUAGCUAGUCGGUUGGGCAACGCGCAGGUCAAGCGGUUGCAUUGAUGCUUUCCAAGCUGAUGGGUUCUGUCGGUGUGGCCUUUUAAUAUGCCCAUAUUGAGACUUGUUUAUUGACCUUCUCAGCAGCGCUCGCCAGGGCUGGGAGCCUCAUUUCCAGAACUAAGACCGAGUUCAAAAGCAAGGUCGAAUGGAUCCCAAAUUGUAAGAAUUCAAAGCAAUCAGCAGACUUGGCCUUUUCCAAGACUCCACAACAAUCAGCAGACUGAUGGCCUUGUCAAAGACUCCAACACAAUCAGUAGACUUAUGGCCUUUUCAACGACUCCAAAACUAUCAGCAGCAUUCUCGCCGUUUCGAAGACUCCAAAGCAAUCAAGGCCACGUAGCUGAGUGUCGGGGGGGCCAACAGUGGAUUAUGUUUGGCUUUUCAAAAUGGCCUGUUUCGCCCUGGAGCGUGCAAAAGUUUGACCUCUCAAGCGAGCCUGUAAACAAAAACAUGGCCAACUGAAGUGCGGGCAGCGGCUUGCGCAUGAUUAUUCAAAUGUGAGUCUCAAGGCGUGUCAUUUGAGUUUCGCGCGGAGGCGAAUCGAGGUCACUUAGGUCAAGAAGAGGUCGACUGGCUUGUCUGACUGUCAUUCACGUGUCGCCGCUUGCUCGUCAUCACCUGUGCCCAGCCUCCAUAGAUUGGGCUCAAAUGUACACUCCUCAAGGUAGCCAGGAACCACAUGUUUGUAAGUGCAGCUGCUGUAGCCUAAACGGCCUGAAUCUCACUUAAGUGACCUGUUGCAUUCAGCUAAGUGACCUUAUUUUCAAAAUGGAUCAUGGCAUCCAAAAAUGAUUUGUGGUCACUCUGAAAAUAUGCUGGAUGUGAAGGCCUCAACCUGAGGUUGUGAGCUAGUGCCAGACUGGAAUUUUCAGCGGCUCCUAUGGGAACCCUCCAUACUUUUUUCGGUUUUGUGCAGUUUCAAUUAUUUUCAGUAGUAGCAGUGGCAUGCUGACUGUGUUGCGAUGUUGAAGGCCCUUCCACCGUGGUUGUUCCUUCCAAAACAGCUAAUAACAACAUUAACUUUGCCUUCACCUUGGGCUUUGUGCGAUGCCAAUGCAAACAACAAUCACAGCCGACCCGGCAGCCUAUUGCCUGCGUGACGAUGCAAAACUAGACAUAGCUGGGGACCGUGCUUGGGGCCACGCAGGGUUUGAACGCUUACAGGAACUUGGCUUUGUGACUCAACAUGUGCGAGAAGCCCAAGCUGCAAUUGUUUGCGGGAUCUUCCUGGAUCGUUCGGGUAGCGCCAGACUGGGUUUUCCACUGACCACUAUGGAAACCCACCAUGCGUCCUCGCAGAGGGGCAGUGAUGGCAAGGUCUACAGGGCUCGGCGUGAAAGGCAAUCUUCUGGGUGAGGGGCCCCCUGCUCGGCAAGCCUGCGCCGUCCUGCGUCGCCGUCCUUGCCUAUGGCGUCCCGUGGCUUCGCGGCACUUGGCUUGAGCCCGCGCAGGCCGGGUCCUCUAUGAAGUGGUGCUUGCGCGCCGAACGGUGGCAGAGUGUUGACCCUCUGCGCAGCCAGCAUCAGUGCUUCUGAAAUGGGCAGUGGCAGCAGGCAUUGGCCUUGCGCAAGGCCGUCAGCAAAAGCUCCGAUCGUGCGGCUUUUCUUGGCAGAGCACGAUAAGUAAGUCAGUUGGGGGACUUGGGCAGAGGCCAGUCCUCAUUGAUUCUUGGAGUUCGAAGCUCUGCUCUGGACUGUGGGCAGAUCCAGUGACCUCUUCACCUCUGACUUGGUCCCUGCAAGACCAGGAUGACUCCAGUUUCUGAGCUCGUAGCUCCCUGCGGCAAGAGCAGCGAGGUCAGCUUGGAGGCGAGGGAAGAUGCGGGAAAAUAAGCUCCGAGGAGACCGCGGGGUGGUCCUGGCGGCGGUGACGCGGAACGGCACGGCGCUGCAGGACGCCUCGGAGGAGCUGCCGGGGCCGUCGCAGUCCGGGAGGUCACGGCGCGGAUGAAGGGGGGCCGUCCGAUUCCAAGGUCCGGGGGGAGACCUCACUCAGGGCCUCUUCAAGAAUUGUUUUUUGGGAUUGGGAUUUCUUCAUUUGAGAUUUGAGGGCUGUGUUUGAACAAGAUGUUUCAACCGCUGUGAGCCUUUUUCUUGUUUCAUGUAUGGACUUGAGCAAGGGCUUGGGCAUUUCCGGCAGUAUGUUAAGAACACCUUGUGCUUUGGCCAGGGUCGGACAUAUGUCUUGAACAUCAAAUGGUCGCCAGUUGCUCGUUGCUCGGUGGCCUGCGCAGAUGCAGCGUUGAGCGGCCCGGCCCCAGAUUUGCGAGCUUGGCCGGGCCAGGCCUUGCAAGAUCUCAGGAUCGUGUCGUGUGUCCGUGUGCGUGUUGCUUUUAGACGGCAUGAAGCAGAUCCUGGCGCAGCGGCUCAGCCAGAUUUCAAUCCGUGCCAAGCCUGACAGUUUGGGCAGGAUUCGUGAGACGAAAACUUCCACCAGCCUGUCUUGCCGAGAGCCCGAGGGGAGCAGGCACAAGCCUGGGACUCUGGGACCCUACAUCGAGGCUGCCUGUAAGCCGAUCGUCAGUGCCCAUCGUCAAAACGGCGUCUUCGAGUUUUUGUCGGGCUAGGUUUGUUCAACUAGUUGAACUGUGUGCUGCAGAAAGG